UAUACAACAAGUAUGCCCAGAACCAAUACAAUUCCCCUCUUUGCUUCUGUCUCUCUUUCUUGGGCGAUUCGCUUACUUCGCCGGAGAAUUACGUCACUGAUCGGAUCAACACUGUUUCUUCGACGCCGAUUCCGUUCCGGCAAGAUCUGGUAAUGUUGGAUAACUGAACGAAGAUUUGGAUUAAAGAGAGCUUUUCUCGAGACCUUUUGGGGUCAAUUUUGCUAUUUUUUUCCUUUAUGAAUUAAGGAUUGAGUGAGUAUGGAGGGGGGUAGUGCGAGAUCAGGGGAUAUAGUGAAGAAGAAAAGCUCAUCUGGGUGUUUGAUAAUUAAGAAGAAAGAUGAGAGAAUGGGUAUAGGGUGUGGAGGAGGGGGUGUGGGUGCGGGUUCUUCAAGGGCUUCACAGAAGGUGAAGAAGAGGCAAAGGUUGGUUCAGAGUGAUUCCGAGUCGAGUGAUGAAGAGUUAUUGGAGCCAAUUAGGAGAAGGGGUGGAGAGAAAUUUCAUAAUGGUAGUGUAAAAAGUGGUGGGGAAAGUAGAGAGCCUGGUAGGAAUGGGAAGAUUGAGAGUGAGAAGAAGAGAAGUAGGUUAGAUUUGUUUGAUUUCGAUGAGUACGAUGAAUUCGAUGAGGAAAUGAAAUGGAAUGUUGCAAGAACUGGUGGGAGUUCUAGGGAGUUUGUAAAUGGUUCUAGUAGUAGGAGUAUGAUGGUUGAGAAGAGGAAGCAUUCGAAUAUUGAGAGUUCGAGUAGCUUGUCGGGUAGUAGAGCUAAGGGCGAUGAGUGUGGUGUUAAGAAAAGGUACGAUUUAGAUGAGGAUGAAGCACAUAUGCCCAUUUCAUUGCUUAGGUUGAAGUACCAGGAAUCGUCUCAAGAACCAAUCAGAUUGCAGGGGAAAAAUGGAGUGUUGAAGGUAAUGGUGAAUAAGAAGAAGAAUGUAGACCGAUCACACAAGGAUUAUGAUCUUGAAAGUAGGAAAGGUUCCAGGUCCGAAGAUGUUGUCAAGAAAGAUUUGCUAGGCCGAGCUUCUUUGCACUCGGAUUCUAAACGCCCUGAAAAACGACCAUUGUCUGUUAAAACAGAGCGGGCUGAGCUGAAAUCACAAAAACCUUUCUUGGCAAAAUGCAUUAAGUCUGUAGACUGUGAAACAGAUGAGACUGAUACAUCACUUAAGUUGGCACCACCUAGUUCGCAGCCUGCUAGCUCAAAGAUGAGGGCGGUUAAGGAAGAAAGCAGGUCAGCAGCAGCUGAAGAUGUUACCCCUGCUAAAAGCAAAGAAGGAAAAUUGAAACAACGUGGGAGCAUGGAGAAGCAGCAGCUUCAGCCUGCUUGCUCAAAGGCCAGGGUCAUUAAGGAAGAAAGCAGGUCCGUAGCAGCUGAAGAUGUUACCCCUGCCAAAAGUAAAGGAGGAAACUUGAAACGAGGUGGGAGUACAGAGAAGCAGCAGCUGCGAGAGAAAAUAAGAGGAAUGCUUAUUGAAGCUGGAUGGACCAUUGAUUACAGACCGAGAAGGAACAGAGAUUACUUAGAUGCAGUGUACAUUAAUCCUAGUGGAACAGCAUACUGGUCAAUAAUUAAGGCUUAUGAUGCACUGCAAAAACAGUCAGGGGAAGAUUCAUGCAAAAGUAAAAUUGAUGGUGGCUCUAGUUCAUUUGCUCCAUUGUCUGAUGAGUUAAUCAAUAAGCUAACCAGGCAAACACGGAAGAAGAUUGAGAAAGAACUGAAGAAGAAAAGGAAAGAUGAUGCCAAGAACCGAGUUUACAAAAAGUCUGCUAUGCAAGAGUCUGCAGAGGACACAGAUGGUGAUCAGCAUGAAGAGAGGCUAAGUAGUUAUGUAAAGAAGAAAGGUAAGUUACUGAAAUGCAAGUCUCAUGCAACAGAUCAGGAGAGUGAUGGUGAUACAAGUGGAAAUUCAUCAAAGGGAGGAAGAUCUAAGCAGGAUAUGUCUGGAAAAUCAUUUACUGGAGCUGCUUCCAGUACAGUACAGGGAAGAAAAAGUAGGAUAAUUGGGCGAUGUACAUUGUUGGUCCGCAGGUCUGAUAAGGAGCAAGAUUCUGAAGAUGAUGGCUAUGUUCCUUAUACUGGAAAAAGAACCUUAUUGGCCUGGAUGAUUGACUCUGGCACAGCGAAGUUAAGUCAGAAGGUUCAAUAUAUGAAUCGUAGGAGGACCAGAGUAAAGCUAGAAGGUUGGAUCACACGAGAUGGCGUGCACUGUGGUUGCUGUAGUAAAAUCCUUCCAGUUUCAAAAUUUGAGCUCCAUGCAGGAAGUACGUUGCGUCAACCAUUUCAAAACAUAAUAUUGGAGUCUGGCGUUUCCUUGCUGGAGUGCUUGGUUGAUGCAUGGAAUCGGCAAGAAGAAUCUGAACGCCAAGAUUUCCAUACUGUAAAUGUUGAUGGUGAUGAUCCUGAUGAUGACACUUGUGGUAUAUGUGGUGAUGGUGGGGACCUUAUCUGUUGUGACGGUUGCCCUUCCACUUUUCAUCAGAGCUGUCUGGGUAUACAAAUGCUUCCUCCAGGGGAUUGGCACUGUCCAAAUUGCACAUGCAAAUUUUGUGGGACUGCCAAUACUACUGCAGAGGAAGGUCAGGCAGCUGCAGAUAUGCUCCUCUACUGCAGCCUGUGUGAGAAAAAAUAUCACAAAUCAUGCAGUCUGGAUAUAAAUGCUUUACCAGCUAGUUCUAAUAAUCCAUCUGUAUCAUUUUGUGGGCAGAAAUGCCAAGAGCUGUAUGAUCAUCUGCAGAAGAUUCUUGGUGUCAAACAUGAGAUUGAAGCUGGAUUCUCAUGGUCCCUGAUUCAACGAACGGAUUUAGACUCUGAUCGUUCUCACCAUGCCUUUUCUCAACGGGUGGAGUGCAAUUCUAAGCUAGCUGUUGCACUGGCUGUUAUGGAUGAAUGUUUUUUGCCGAUUGUGGAUAGGAAAAGUGGCAUCAAUAUUAUUCAUAAUGUUCUCUACAACUGCGGCUCAAACUUUAGCCGGCUGAAUUUUCGUGGCUUCUACACUGCAAUCUUGGAAAGGGGCGAUGAAAUAAUAUCUGCUGCAUCCAUAAGGAUCCAUGGAACUCAACUUGCAGAAAUGCCAUACAUUGGGACCAGGAAUAUAUAUAGGCGCCAAGGGAUGUGCCGCCGGCUGCUGUCUGCUAUUGAGACGGUCCUCUCCACUCUAAAAGUCGAGAAGUUGAUUAUUCCUGCUAUAUCUGAGCAUAUGCAUACUUGGACGGUAGUUUUUGGAUUUAAUCCACUUGAGGAAUCAGAGAAGCUAGAAAUGAAGUCCAUUAAUAUGUUGGUGUUCCCUGGGACAGAUAUGCUUCAAAAGAGGCUACUAAACAGAGAAACCCUAGAGGGUGGUAAAAAUGCUGGUGACUCGAAACAUAGUGUUCCUCAGUUGCCUGCUUUGGUUGAAAAGGCUGAUCAGGAAUCCCUUACUAGGUGCGAUGGAAACUUGCGCGAUGAAGCCUGUAUAGAAAAGGUUGAUGACAUUGAUGCAAUAGAUUCUGAUUCUCCAGCUACUGCUGUCGAUUUAAGUGAUAGUGCCAUGGUUAGAGAAGAAAGUACUCAUAGUGGAUCUCAUAUUCAAAUCUCCAGUCAGGAGGAUAAAUCUGUCAAAUCUAAUAUGGAGAAGAAGCUCGCUGAACCAACCACAAAAUCGAUUCCCUCGUCUCCUUCCGGUGCAAGUAUUGGAAACACUGAUCUGGGAGAUGCUGCAUUGGGUCCUUCCUCUGAAGUUGAUGCCCAGUCAUCUGAGACAAUCCAUCAAAAAAUUUGCAAGGAAAAUGACCAAACCACUUGUUUGAUAUUUGGUAUUGAUUCAUCAGAUGAAGCUUCUGCCAGAAACAUGAAUGCAGAGAAACAGAAUGAGGUGGUUUCAGAUACUACCCCCAUUGAUGCCAAUGGGAAAAGUUUAUCGGCAGAUACCACAGAUAGUUGUUUUCUAGAACCUGCUGCACAAAGUGAAGUAGAAGAAAUAGACAAGACAAAAGUUUCAGUGUGUGUAUCUGCAACUUGUGCAAGUGCAAAGCCUGCCAUAAAUUUCUUCUCAGACACUACAAGUGGACCUGAUUUGCAGAAUGGGCUACAUGUUGUGGCUUUAAAGCAAACUUCUGAUGCUAAACAUCUUGGUGACUUAAAUGUUUCUGUGGGGGAGGGAAAUUUGGAUGCCUCUCCAAUUGGUGAUGGAGUUAAUGAUAAUCAUGGUGCUGAAGUUUCUUCUUCUAGACCUGCAAUUGACUCCUCAGGUGAAACUUCUUUAAAGCAAACUUUUGAUGUUAAACAUCUUGGUAACUCAAAUUUUUCUGUGGAGGAAGAAAAUUUGGAUGCCUCUCCAAUGUGUGAUGGAGUUGAUGUUAAUAAUGGUACUGAAGUUUCUUCUUCUACACCUGCAAUUGACUCCUCGGUUGAAGCUUUUUUAAAGCAAACUUCUGAUGUUGAAUGGCUUGGUGGCUCAAAUGUUUCUUUGGAGGGGGGAAAUUUGGAUGCCUCUCCAAUUGGUGGAGUUAAUAAUGGUGCUGAGGUUUCUUCUUCUAGACCUGCAAUUGACUCCUCGGUUGAAACUUCUUUGAAUGCUGCUCUUGUAAAUAACACCAACUGUCAACUUGAUCUCUCUCCUGGAUCUCAAGCAUGUGGCUUCAGGUUGAACUCUUCCGAUGCCAGUGCUGAAGCAAAAGCUUCUUGUAAUGAGAAGAUUGUUCACUCUGAGCCCAGUCAGGCAGAAAGUCACGAAGUAACUGUGGUGAGCAGUUGCAGUGGAACUGUUCAUUCUUCUGCUAAUGUUUCUUCUGCACAAUGUGCUGCUGAAGAAACUGCGGUGGGCAGUCAGGCUGAAAGUCAUGAAGUAACUGUGUUGGGCAGUUGCAGUGGAACUAUUCAUUCUUCUGAUGAUGUUUCUUCACAGAAUGCUGGUGAAGAAAAGAUUCAGACUCAGGUCUAGGUCUAUUGAUUCUAAUCAUACUAACAAUGCUACUUAAACAUUACCUUAGUCAACGGUAAGCUUGAUGUAGGAUUUCAUACAAUGUCCCAUGAAGUUGUUUCUCUAGCUGAACUACCUUUUUGUGUAAUCAAGGUCAUUUGAUGUCCCUAAAGCUGUUUGGGUUUUGUCAAUCAAACCAAUUUUGAUUAUCCAGAGUGUCAUGUGGUAAAGGAAAAAUCAAAGGGAAAGGUUACUCAGCCAGGCUACAGAAAAGAGUGGUCCAUAUAUUGUGCAAUUUCUAUGCAGUCAUCCAGGUUGAAGGUGUUUGAAGGUUAUAACAGCUUUCAAUUGGAUGCUCAGAAACUAAUGUCCUAAACCAGUUGAGAAAGUUGGACAGUAGAGACUCCUAGGCAGCUGGUGUAAUGGAAAUUGUUUGGCUAUACAAUUGCCAGCCUACUAGUAAUAACAUUGUCAAAUGAGUGUGUGAAUUGUAUCUCAUGGGUGGGGCGACAGAUUUUGUGACUGUGUACUCCAUUGAUCUUAUAUUCAUGACUGUGUAUCUCAUGACUGUGUACUCCAUUGGGUGGGGCGACAGAUUUUGAUUGUACAUAUGUAGUUCUGUGUAGAUCUUAUAUUCUGUUCCCAAGGUCCUCAGAGAUCCUUGUAAUUCAUCACUUGAAAUGAUAAUAGCACCAAAGUAUCCAAGUUUCUGGUUAACUUCUUCA